CAGAUGGGACCUCCUACGUGCGGGACCCGAUAGUGAGAGGAAGGCAGGUCCGCUCGUUCGGUCGUUUCCUUCUCCUGUCCACAGACCAGAGGUAAAAACCUAGAUCGAACGCGCUCCCCCAAUCCUCGCAUCCCUCCUCGCUCCCCAAUCCCCGCUCCUUCUUUGCUCCCCGAAUCCCCGGCGACCUCUCUCUCCCUCUCCCCAACGAUGGUGCACCGCCGCUCCCCGAGAUGGAGCCGGACGGGCUCGGCCGCUAGGGCAGGCCGGAGGAGGCGACGCAGGUGGGCGGCGGCGCGCCGCCUUGAGAAAAUCGGGCGACGCAGGAGCACGCACCAAAGGGGGGGUGCCGGGGACGCCUCGCUCUCUCCUCCAGGCAGAUGGCGGCGGCGACCGGAGGCGCCGGGCGCGGCCAGGGACGGGCCGACGCGGGGCGGAUCCGCGACGACCGGAGGCGGCGGUGGCGGCGGCGACCGGAGGCGACCGUCGCGGAUAGAGACGGGCCGGCGUGGGGGCGGCCGCGUCAAGAGGAAGGAGCUGGGAGACCGGCGGCCGCCGCGCAUCGGCGACCUCGGCCUCCCCGCGCAUCCUCCUGGCUGAGACGCCACCGUUGCUCGUCGUCUUCCCGAGAGCUCGCCGGCGCAGUUUAGCGGUGAGCAGACGGGGCUGGCCGGCGGUGAGGAGGUGGCCGCCGGGCAACAUCGCUGUGGCGACCGCCGGGCAACAUCGCUUUGGCGACGCCACGUCAAGAAUCGCGGCAGGAGUGGCGGGAUCUGGAGCAGGAGUGGCGGGAUCCAGGGCAGGACAGGCGGGAUCUCGUCGUGCUGGUCCUCCUCUUCGUUGUUGAUGCGCUGCUCCCUCCUCCUCGUGGCUUCCUCGUCUCCUCCCAGGUAUCUUAUUAAGGUUUCUAUCCAGGAGCAUGUCCCGGAGGAGGCCGGCGGCACGAGCGAUGAGGUGACCAACGCGACAGUUGGGUCCCUGCAGGCAGCAGCACGAGGCAUCAAGCAAAGGUUAUAUCCCUUCUCUUCUGAGGAAAUCAAGUGAGAAAAAUGAGCAUUCUUGGUUAGUUGUGGCUUGGUUGACUGCUGAAGAUCUAGAGUACAACAGGGUUGUCUGUCAAUCAGCAGACCUCUCCACCCUUUUAGGUGUUUUUUCUAAUUCGUUAGCUGCAACUCUUUGGUGGUAGGGGAUGCUGGCAGGGCACAAGGUUGCAGCAGAGAAAGUUGGCGUGCUGUUCAGAUCUUGGGAGGUGGCUUUGGAUCAGAAAACUUAUGAGCUUAUUGGGACCGAUUAUCCUGGUAAUAUGACACUAAAGGAUAGUGGCAGCAGGUGAGGUUAUUUGGCAGCUUUGUAUAUGGCACAACUAGCAAGGAGGAAGGGAGUUGGAGACAAUGGUGGUGCAAACGAUCCUACAAUGAUCAUAUAGCGACAACAACAGUCAGUCUGCAAUCUGCAAGUAUCUGCUAGGUUGGAAGGAGUGGUGAUGGUCUUGUGACAGUUGCUGCUUGAGCCGAGUACUAUCGCCACCGUUCCACUGUUGAUGCUGACGAGAACAGGGUGGGGGCAAUGGCCCUGCCAGGCUUUCCAUUUGUCUUGUUUAUGGUUUGAUGGCAUGGUUCUACCUCAUUAUUGUACAAGUGCAUUCAAACCUGUUGUUGCUUUCUUCCAACCCGGAUUCUUGUGUUUACGGUUGACACCUACUGGUAGUCCUCCUCAGUCCUAACCUGGAUGGUAGCGGAGGCGUGGAUGUUGCAGAUGGCUCCGAGGCGCUCGAGCAAAUGGCCCCUUCAUCUCCCGUCAAGUGAUCCAAGGAUGGGAGUGAAGCAUCAGUGUAAACCCAUUAUCGAAGUGGCCAUGGCUACGGAAGCCAGCCUGCACUUGAUCUCCAGAUUAUGUUGGAGAUUGUUAUCGUUUGAUCGUGUUUUGGUGGUUUACGGAGGAUGCGCACAUGGAAGGCGGCUUUCGUGGUGUGUGGCUAGGUGCAUAUGUAAUGGAUAUUCUGGCUCGGAUCUAUUAUUCAUGCCACAGUGGGGUGCAAGUGGAGUUGCGGCCAGAUGGUUGAUCCAGCAAUGGAGGGACUGUAUCGUGCAAAGUUUCUCUCUUGGUUCACCGAUGCGAUCGCCUGUUGUCCAGAUUUGUCUUGCUUCAACGUUUAUUUCCUUCUCUUCUCGCCCACGCAAUCUGGUUGAUCUGUUCGUCUGUUGCUUGCUUCUUCGGGAUAUUUAUUGUUGCCUCUUCUGCUCUCGGAAUAGAGGCCAUAUAAUAAAAGGCGAAGAGCGGCGUGUUAGGUAAAUCUUGGAGUGAGCAGCGGAUGGCUGUGGCUGAUGGCGUGGAUGGCCAUGACGUUGUACUUGGUCAACGGAUUAGAGGGCGUGGAGAGAAUGGAGAAAGGUGUAGCAGAUCAGGACGAUAGGUUUAAGAGGAAGAGACUGGGUUGUUAACGCAAAUCGCGAUGGGGAUGGAUGGUGUCGCUGAGAAUAGUGGUGGAAAUUGUCUACACGGGCAAUUAUUUGUUGGGCUGUUAACGCAAAUCACGAUGGGGAUGGACUCAUGGAUGGUAUCGCGGAGAAUAGUGGUAGAAAUUAUCUACGCGGAGCAACUAUUUGUAAUAGUUUCUGGUUCCGUGGUAUCGGUUAAGGGAGGCUCAAAAUGUCGAACCAAACUUUUCUCACUUGCUACUCACAAUAAGUAGAUACAUUCUUCUUGGAA